CAAGGCAAUGAAAGACGCCCCCAAAAACAAAAAAUUACAGUUUACUUUGGGCAAGGUACCAACCGGCAAGGGGCUCAAGGUUGUCAUCUUGGCCCGGUUUGAGUAAUGUUCGAAAUUGUACUAGCUGUAAGAAUAGCUCCAAUAGCUAUCAAUGAAUGACACCGUCGUUUUUUCCAACGGUGGCAGCGUUUGUCGCCAACCGUCCAAUUCGCUGCCAUGGUAUUAUCUCGCCUGCAAAGCAAACCUGCUUCGCAGGUCAUUCAACAUCCCCAUAUCAGAUAUCAGCGGCCCCCUCCAAUACCCUCCAAUACCAUCAUCACAUGAUCCAAUUUCCUGCGUCUGUUCGUCACCAACGCUGGGGGCCAGCCGUCCGGGUGAGGGGGGCAAAGGGACGUGUGUGUCCAGACGCCAACGCAAAGCACAGGCAAGGGAGAAAACGGAAAAGGACGAAAUGGCAACGACGAAGGACCCUCAGCGAACUUAUGCACCUUUCCCCCCCAAGCCAAAGGGCGAGGCAUACAUACAGCUAGUAACCAGCAGAGCCACAGACUCUCUGAUGAGUGGGAUCAGGAACAGCUCCCCGGUCUAUUCUAGUCCAUGCUCUAUGCGCAACAAGGGCAGUCCCAACAUCGUCCACACCACCAACGUAACGUCGGUAGUUGGAUCACUCGUCAACUUAGACGCGCGCCUUGGAAGGAUGCGGCGGCGGCGGUGCUGAAGACUUCCUUCGCCGUCUUACGCAAAUUGGCGAUGCAUUACCAAAUGGGGCUGUCAUGCAGUCCGCCAAUCAACAUCACCGAAAACAAUGUGACGGGCGCCCGAAGCUGGACGCGGGCAAGAUCGAGGCCCAACACGGCGGCAGCAGCCGUUCCAUGCCUUUGGGACCAUCGUCAUUAUCUGUUGUGAUUCGCGGCGAUGUCCAUCACGGAUAGGGGCAGGAACUGCAACCUAUCGUUUGGCCUCGCCUAGCCCCCC